UUCAUUUUCAUUUUAAGUAUCAUUCCAAAAGCUUCUCUCUUUAUUUGAUUUUUUUCUUCACGCCUUUUUAUAAAGGAAAUAAUUCUUUUUCUUCACUAGCUGGCGAAACAUUGGUAAAAUUCUCUUCUAACCUUUCUUCAUUUGCACAGUCGCCUUUAUUAUUUACAUAAUGGAAGAUUUAAAAUCAUUAAAACGCACUAGAGCAUCUCAGAAAUCAAAGUUAACUAUUUUCAAAUCAUAUCUUGAACCACUUCUUGCUUGCGAAGACUUAAAUGCCUUACAAAUUCACGAAACAAACAUUCGCUUAGCGAAAAUCCAAGCAUUAUACGAUGAGUUCGAUAGCAUUCAAACUCAAAUAGAAAAUGCACUCGAAAUUUCAGGUGACGAGUUUGCCGAACGCGAGACCUUCGAACGAGCUUACUUUGGUGCCAUCGCAGCGGCUCAGGAGCUGCUGAGCAGACACACGGCGGCCGGGCCUGCUUCUGGGGCUGACUUCGCGUCGGUGCCAGGCUCGGAGGUGGCAAGUGCUGUACCAAACAUUAAGUUACCAACAAUUAACUUACCUAUUUUCACUGGACGCUAUCAGGACUGGUUAGAAUUUCACGAAACAUACACAUCGCUAAUCCACACAAACUCAUCAAUACCUAACAUACACAAAUUUCAUUAUUUACGAGCAUCUUUAAGGGAUAAUGCUGCUCUUAUUAUUCAAUCUUUGGAUUUUUCAUCAGAAAAUUACAAUGUUGCUUGGGAUCUCUUGUGCGACCGUUACAAUAACAAUCGCAUUUUAAUUAAUAAUCAUGUUCAAGCUCUGUUCAACAUUGACUUUGUUACUAAAGAAUCUGCAAGGGCCUUACGUAACAUCAUAGAUAUUGUAAACAAGAAUCUACGAUCCCUAAAAACAUUAAAGGUACCUACAGAGCAUUGGGAUAUUCUAGUCAUACACAUUGUAUCUAACAAGUUAGACCCAGCAACAGUACGCGAUUGGGAGGUUCAUCGUAAUACAAUAAAAUAAUUACCAACUUUGUCUGAUUUUAACAAUUUCUUAAAAAAUCGGGCUGACUUGAUGGAGACUAUGGACGAAAAACACUCACACUCACAACCGUUACGACGACACAGUGAUGUCACACAUGUUAGGCCAAAAACAUUCAUAGCGAAUCAAGACACUACAAAACAAACACAAAUUCCAUGCCCUAUUUGCAAAGGUUCUCAUUCAAUUUAUCACUGUAUGAAAUUCAAAUUAUUACCAAUUGAAAGACGCAUAGAAAAGAUUAAACAAUUAAAACUUUGCACAAAUUGCUUGCGUUCAGGGCAUGAUGAGAAACGAUGCAAAUAUGGGACAUGCAAAAGGUGUUCACGUAGACACAACACUAUGUUACACAUAGAUAACAAACAGGCCACAAUCUCUCAGCCA